ACCCAACAACAGGCAAAAACAAAAUAAAUGUUUAUUUGUGAUAGAUUUUAAACCACUUAACCAUUUUGGAAAUACAAAAAGAGUGACCGCCAUAACAGUUCACUGUGACAGUUAAUGCAGUUACUCUGUGCCGGUUAUCGCCCACCUCUAGCUCUCGCGGAAUUAGUGUAAUUUGGAUUGUUUAACUUUACUAGGGCAAUUGGACGCUUGAAAAUAAAGGAAAAUGUCGCGGAACGUGACCCUCUCGGACGAGCAGAGCCGCCUCAACGCGCGCCUGGAGGCGCACAUGGUAUACAUAUGCCCUGAAUGCGGGAAGGCCUUUCGCACACAGGCCGAGUGGCGUCAGCAUCUGAACACGAAACACGACUAUCUGAAGAAGACCUACUCGGACUUCAACUUCAUCCAGAUCGACGAGCGCUUCCACGAGUGCCAGCUGUGCUUCAAGUGGGUGGAGAACGCCCACAAGACGAUUGCCCUGUUGCAGUACCACUACUUCAUGCACCUGGAGCACAGUGAAACCUACCGCUGCGUGCACUGCCGCAUGGCGUACACAAGGCGCAGGGCUCUGAACGUCCACCUCUUGGACACGCACAUGCGGGAGAUCGAGAAGUACGAGAACAAACUGCGACAGAUGAAACGGCAGCAGCAAACGAAGACGGCCACUGUGGCAGGAUCUGGUCCAGCGAGCCCUACAAAGGGACGCGGCCGCCCCAAAGGGUCCGUGAACAGAAAGCAAAAGGAUCUGCUGCAAAAGGCGCUCAUGGACAUCGAUCUGAACACGGAGUUGGAGAAAUCUCCCACUCAACCAGCGGCAGCAGCGGCAACAGUUCCUGCUGUCGCCAAUAAAGUCAAUACAAAUGUCAGUGAGCAAAAUCUGGACAGGUGUUUGAAUGCCUACGAGGACAUUGUGCGCAAGGAGGAGGAAAAGCUGCCCAAGUUUGAAGACGAUUUGGAUGCCCUUUGCCAGGAGAUCUUUGAGGAUGGACCAAUCACCACCAAGGGCAGGCCAAAAGCAGAUGAAGAGCAGCGACCAGUGGAAACGCAACUGCCUCAGGAUAAUCAGGAGGUGGUCAUCAUUGAGAUCGACGCUCUUGGCAAGGAGGAAGUGGCCCAGCUGAAGAAGGAGAUGAAAUCAGACCCAGUCGUUCCAGCGGCUAAGCGUCGUCGCAUCUCAACGACGCCCACCCGUGACUCAGACUCUGAGAUGUCCAACAACGGCUUGAUUAAACUCGUGUCGUACUUGUGCCCAAACUGCGGCAAGGAAAUCGCGUCCAUGGAUGGAUGGCGCGCGCACGUUUUCAAGAAGCACGACUUCGAGCACAUUGUCGAGAACAGCUUCAAGAUCAUGGAGCAGGGGCGCAAGGCCAUGUGCCUGCACUGCCGCGAGGUGCAGCCAACAACCAAUAGGUCGCUUCUCCAAAAGCACUACUUUAAACAUCUGCCCUACAGAUCCUACCUCAAGUGCACCCUCUGCGAUCGCACCAAGACCAGCACCUCAAAGAUUCUCAACCAUAUCCGCUACAAUCACCAGGAGGAGCUGCAGCGCAAGAACAAGACGCAAUUGCUCAUAAAACCAGAGCCCAAAUGGUUCAGUCCGAAUAGGUCCGGCAAAGCAAACAAGCCGGAUGAAGCUGCUUCUGAUGGCGAGGAGGAUGGCGACGAGGAAGGCCUCGUUUGCGAGCACUGUAACAAAACAUUUAAGACCAAAUGGCGCCACGAACGCCAUGUAGGCGCAUGCAGAAAGGCUGGCGUUAUCCGGCCAUCAUCCCCAGUCGAAGGCACCGUCGAAGCCAUGCUCAGUAAUCUGCGAGAGGGGCACAUUCGAAUGAACGCCAUCUGGAAAGCGAUGCAGCGUGAAAAGGUUUAAUUGUAGUUUAGUUUAUGUCGAUUAGCUGAAAAAUAAAAAAAAUGAAAGAUUUA